CUCCCGUAACGAGUUGCCUUCGAUCUUGAAACCUAUCCCACCUAUCGCGUUUACUAUAAAAGAUGUCACAGAGGGGUCAGGAUGCCAGUGCCACGUGCGAAAACGACAUGUCCACGUCGAAAAGUAGCUCGUUGCUACGAUUGAAUCAGGAGAGUCGGCGUGCAUCCGCCGAUUGGCAGGAUCAGGACACGGAUUCCGAGAUCAGCGAGACCGAUUUCCUCACGAAGGGCGCCUUCCUGUUGACGCCCAGCCACGAGCUCAGCAUCGAAAAAGCUGCCACCAUUUGCGAGAAGAUGAAUUUUCGUGGAAUGUUCUCCCUGACGAAGACGGCUACCGGUAUACUCUUCAAGUUCAGCAACAUCGACGAUUUUCAGGCGGUCUAUAAAAAGGGAUUUCACAAAGUCACGGGGGCACGGUUCUACAAGAAGGUCGCCAUACCUUGCAGACCGGCUAAGACAUUCACCGUCUACGUUCUGGACGUACCCGAAGAAUUACCCGAAGAGGAUAUUAGGCACGCUCUCUACAAGUACCGGUCCAUAGUCGAAGUGACGCGGCUACCUCUCAACACGGCCACCGUCCUGAAAGCGAUCAACGACAAGUUGAAAAGCGAGGCCCACAACCAGAACGAGCCAGCGACGAUUUAUACGGGGCCACCCGUUAUAAGGGUGACCCUGGCCAGCGUGGAGGAGACCUCGACGUUGCUCAGCCGUGGUCUGGAUUUUUAUGGGGCCACAUAUUUCCCCACCGAAACGCCCCAUCCGGCUGCUCAACCCCUGGCCAAAUACAAAAACAACAGAUGGCUCGAGUUGGCAGCCAUCGGCGCUGGACAAAGAGUCAGGGACCUACUUCCGGUCUUCGACAACGCGGGCUUCAACAAAUUACCACCCCCGGCCAGUCGGAUGAUAAAACCGCAAAAAAACUGACGUUUCCCUCGACUUCUUUCAUCCCUACUUCGAUAUUCCGCGGGAUUUCUGUGUUUGAACACCUCCAGCCUCGAGUUUCAUCACACUUCAGGCUGGAGAUCGAUUUCAGGGGAUUAAGAAUGGUUUUACCGAAAUUUCCAACCGAAAAUUAUUUGUUAUUGAUGAUGAUGACGACAUAGUAGAAAAGUUGGUGCAACAUUUUUGUUAAUUUAAUCCUUUCGCGGUAUAGUAAAAUAGUAUAAUGAAACGAAGUAUAUGAAUUAAUUUAUUUUAAAGUUGAGCGAAGAAAGUUUUUGUCAUAGAAAUAAUUGCAGUUUAUUAAAUUAUUCUUUCAUGUUUGAUAAGUUUAAGAAUAAUUACAUUAUGGGAUUAAAAUAUUAUAUAAUGUUAAUUAUAAUACGAUGAGGAGAAUUAUAAUACUGUAUUUUAUGGGUUGCCUAAGUUUCUCUUGUACUGUACUGUGAAAGGGUUAAUAACCAGGUUGUCGAGUUAACUCGGUAAUGUACCAGGUAGAACGAUCUCUGUGAGAGAUUCUUUUAAAAAGAAUUUGGGAAAUUGGUUUUAGCACUUACCCUUUUCGUUGCCGGUGAAAUUUGAGAGAAUGUGGUUGUAAGUCUUGAAGAAAAUAUAGAUCCUGUAAAAUAAUUAAAAAAAAAAAAAAUAAAUAAUAAUUAAAAUAAUAAAUAAAAAUAAAAAUUGAUAAAAGAAAUUAAUCGAAUCAGAUAUAUUGUUGUUAUCAUUAUUUUUAAUUUUUUUAAUUUUGGAAAUUUUUAUCAGAAUUAUAAUAAAUCGAUGUAAUAAAAGUUUAUUAUAUCGAUUGUUUUAAUGGUGAAAGAAGGAAUAAGACAAUUGAGAUAAUAUUUGUAUGAUAGAAUAAAAAUGACAAGUAUUUUUGUAAUAAUAUAAUUUUUGUAUUAAUAUUUACAGAGAUAAUUCUACCUGGCUUCGAACUUUGUACGAAAAAUGUUCCUAUUUAUUUUUUCCAUUUGUGUGCAAGAAUAAUAUUUAAUAACGAAUCGCUGUUCCUAUUUAAACUACAUAUUAUCGAUUUGUAAAAAUUUAAGGAAACUAAAAAAUUCGUAUAUCGGAAAUAAUAUUCGAAUAUAAUAUUGUCUAACAUUU